AUGGCGGGAAAAGACGAGACCGAGAUAGAAAAUGAACUGCUAAAAGGGGACGAUCUAUCAACUACUGAAGAUGAUGAUCCGACCAUAAAGAAUGUCCUUCGAUCUAUCGAUGCUCAUAUGGCUACUUUGGCGAACAACAUGUCAAAUAUGAGUCAAGAAAUCCGCAAAAUAAAACAAACUCCAACCGCUACUGCCAAACAAGAUUCUCGGGCGGUGGAGUCAGCAGAGUCUUUGACUUUGAGCAGCAAGAAAAGGAGGUCGAGUGAUCAAGAAGGGAGUGAUGUUGAUGCCCUGAUCGACGACCAUCCUUCAGAGCAAGAGACCGAAUCAGCCGAAACUAAAGAUGGCGACGAGGAAGAUGCAUUCCUCACAACGUUAGCCCUUGAGUAUUCGGCUGACGAUAAAACAAGUGGUCCGGUCUCAACUCAGCUGGCUGAUAUCGUAAAUAAGAGAUGGUCGUCAAAAUUAUCGGACGACAAAUUCAAAGAAAAAUAGCGAAAUAUGACCCACCAGAGAACUGCGAACGAUUGUUUGCCCCCAAGGUAAAUCCCGAAAUUUGGUCCCGAAUCUCAAACACGGGCCAACGACAAGACCUUAAACUUGUCGCUAUCCAAAAAACCUUGUUGGCAGUUGGCACAGCUCUCACACAGUCUGCUCAACUGCUUAUGAAAGCCCGCCAUGAAGGCGGCGAAAACAACACCAUGAACGAAGUUCUCACACUUCAAGUGGAUGCCCUUGCUCUCCUGGGGCAUACAAAUUAUGACCUUUCACUCCGUCGUCGCGAAACGAUGAAACCCAGCUCGAAUAUUAAAGAGUAUGCUUCAUUGUGCUCUUCCCAAACAUCGGUAACAUCGAUGUUGUUUGGCGAUGAAUUACAAAGCAAACUAAAUGCAAUUCGAGCGUCGAAUCGAAUUAGCCAAACGGCCACCCAGUCCACGACUGGACAUUUUGGCAGUCACAACAAAUCGACUUUUCAGCGGCAUCCAAGAAAUGAUCGUGAAAAGUCUUUUUUAUCCAAAGGCCCCAACCCGCGUUGGUCGAACAACAGAUUCCCCAGUCAUCAGAAAAAGCGGGAAGGGGGCAACAAGUUCAACAAGAAGUGACUGCCAUCGACGAGGAUAUAAUAACACAUCUAUCUAAAGUUAAGGUAAACGAAUUUUUAACGUUUUUACCGGUGUUGAAGGAGCAUUUUCACAUGCAAAUAAGCCACUUUCGUGGUGGUCGUCUUGCUCAUUUUUAUCAUGAGUGGGAAAAAUUAGUUUCGAUCGAGAGAUUUUAGAUAUAGUGAGCGGCCAACGUAUAGAAUUCGACACCACGCCGCUUCAAAACUGUCCAAGGUUACUAUCCAAGUGUACGGAAGCCGAACAGGCUGUCAUACGGGCUGAAAUUGUGAAACUACUUCACAAAGCUGUAAUUGUUCGUGCACAACAUGAACCUGGAGAAUUCAUAUCUCCAAUUUUUGUACGCUCCAAAAAGGACGGCACAAGUCGAAGGAUUUUAAAUCUGAAAGAUCUUAACCAGCAUGUAGAAUACCACCAUUUUAAAAUGGAAACACUCAUUGAUACUAUCCGAGGUUUAUGACCCCUAAUUGUUUUAUGGCGUCAGUGGAUCUUAAGGACGCGUAUUAUUCGGACCCUAUUGCCAAGCCACAUCAAAAAUAUCUAAAAUUUGCAUGGGAAGGUUCACUAUACGCAUUUACAUGCUUCCCAAACGGGCUUGCUAGUUGCGCACGGAAAUUCACAAAACUUCUUAAACCAGUGAAACCAGUGUAUGUAGUUUUGAUAAAACUGGGACACAUUUCGCCCCCAUACGUUGAUGAUUCGUAUCUACAAGGGGAUGACUAUGUCAACUGUCUAGAAAAUGUUAUAGACACUGUCCGACUGAUAUUCACACUAGGGUUUGUUAUUCACCCUGAAAAAUCUGUGCUUAUCCCAACACAGAGACUAAUAUUUUUUGGAUUUAUACUUGAUUCAACUCUAAUUAGAGUUUAUAUGACACCUGAGAAAGUAACUAAUGUCAUUGAGAUGUGCUCUAAACUAUUAAAGAACACAUCGCCGACCACCAGAGAGGUCUCCCAAGUCCUGGGAUAUAUAAUUUCUACUUUCCCAGGAGUCAUGCUAGGAGCACUCUAUUUUCGACACCUAAGGAGUGAAAUCGCAAGUCCUUAAGGUCAACAAAGGCAAUUUUUACUCUCUAAUGACAUUAAAUAAUGAGGCUAGAGAGGAGUUGACCUGGUGGGUCAACUCUUCCCCAGACAGCUAUAAUGUUGUUAGCCAUGGGCAACCAGCUAUUGUAUUAACCACAGAUGCCUCUUCUACAGGUUGGGGUUGUACCCUGGGCGAAACUAGGACAGGGGGAAACUGGACCAAAGAUGAGGCACAACAUCAUUUAAACUAUCUAGAGUUGUUAGCUGUAUUCUUGUCACUGAAAACCUUUGCAAACUCUUUAGCAGGAAAACAUGUAAAAGUUAUGAUUGAUAAUAUGACUGCACUAUCUGAUAUUAAUCACAUGGGUACCAGUAAGUCAGAUUUACGAAAUGCACUUAGCAAAUCUAUGUGGCUCUGGUGUCGUGCAAGACAUAUUUGGCUUACAGCUGUUCACAUUCCUGGGGUAGAAAAUGUUGAAGCUGACCAUCAGUUUAGAAUCACCAACACUAGUGCUGAGUGGUCACUCAAUAAACAGAUAUUUAAUGAUGCAAUAUCUAGAUUAGGGGUAACACCCGAUAUAGAUCUGUUUGCUUCAAGAAUAAAUUACCAAAUAGAACCAUAUGUGUCUUUCCAUCCAGAUCCCGGAGCUAUAGCUGUAAAUGCUUUCCAUAUGUCAUGGAAGAGCUAUAAACCUUAUAUAUUUCCACCGUUCUGUCUCAUUUCUAGAAUUUUAUAGAAAGUCCAGGAGGAACAGUGCACUGUUGUUGUGGUAAACGCAAGAUGGCCAACACAGACAUGGAGGUCAAAACUAAUGAGUCAACUAAUAGCUCAACCAAUACUAUUACCGAAACCAAAGACGACACUGAUCCUCCCGAGCAAUCCGGAAACAAUACAUCCACUGUAUCCGCAUCUAGAGCUAAUAAUCUGCCACUUGUCUGGAAAUUCCUUGAAGAACAAGGCAUUUCAGCAGGUGCUUCCAACAUUAUUGUUCAAUCUUGGAGACAAGGGACUGCCAAACAAUAUAGAUCUUACCUCCAGAAAUGGGAACUUUACUGUAACAAGAGGAAAAUUGAUCCAAUUCAUCCCACUAUAUCAGAUGGAAUAAAUUUUUUAUCAUCCCUGUUUGAAUCCGGCGUCGGUUGCAGCGCAAUGAAUACUGCACGGAGUGCGUUAUCCUCUUUCCUUCUCCUACCAGGAAAUGUCAGUAUGGUUCUCAUCCACUUGCAACACGACUCCUUAAAAGUGUAUUCGAACUGA